AUGGGGCCGCCCGGGAACCACAGCGCCUUCCCGCUGGCGCCCAACGGCAGCAGCCAGGCGCCGCCGGGCCGGGACCCCGCGGAGGCGCGGGACGAGGCGUGGGUGGCGGGCAUGGCCCUGGUGAUGUCGCUGAUCGUGCUGGCCAUCGUGUUCGGCAACGUGCUGGUCAUCACCGCCGUGGCCCGGUUCGAGCGGCUGCAGACGGUCACCAACUACUUCAUCACCUCGCUGGCCUGCGCCGACCUGGUCAUGGGGCUGGCGGUCGUGCCGUUCGGCGCCAGCCACAUCCUCAUGAAGACGUGGACCUUCGGCAACUUCUGGUGCGAGUUCUGGACGGCCAUCGACGUGCUGUGCGUCACGGCCAGCAUCGAGACCCUGUGCGUCAUCGCGGUGGACCGCUACGUCGCCAUCACCGCCCCGUUCAAGUACCAGAGCCUGCUGACCAAGAGCAAGGCGCGCGGGGUCAUCCUGCUGGUGUGGGUGGUGUCGGGCCUCACCUCCUUCCUCCCCAUCCAGAUGCACUGGUACCGCGCCUCCCACCCGGAGGCCCUGGCCUGCUACGCCGAGGACACCUGCUGCGACUUCUUCACCAACGGCGCCUACGCCGUCGCCUCCUCCAUCGUCUCCUUCUACCUGCCGCUGGUGGUCAUGGUCUUCGUCUACUCCCGGGUCUUCCAGGUGGCCCGCCGGCAGCUGCUCAAGAUCGACCGGGCCGAGGGCCGCUUCCACCACCACGCCCAGCAGCAGCAGCAGCAGCCCCUGGGCCCGCUGGAGCCGGACGCGCGGGGCAGCGGGGCGCCCGGGGCGCCCGGGGGCCGCCGCUCCUCCAAGUUCUGCCUGAAGGAGCACAAGGCCCUCAAGACCCUGGGCAUCAUCAUGGGCAUCUUCACCCUGUGCUGGCUGCCCUUCUUCAUCGUCAACGUGGUGCACUCCAUCCAGGACGACCUCAUCCCCAAGGAGGUCUACAUCCUCCUCAACUGGCUGGGCUACGUCAACUCCGCCUUCAACCCCCUCAUCUACUGCCGGAGCCCCGACUUCAGGAUCGCCUUCCAGGAGCUCCUGUGCCUGCGCAGGGCCUCGGUGAAGGCCUACGGGAACGGCUACUCCAGCAACGGCCACGGCCAGGGCAAGGCCGACUACCCCGGGGCGCAGCCGAGUGGGGACCCCCCGGGCACCGCAGGCUUUGGGAACCGUCCAGGGACUGUGGCCAGCGACAGCGUGGACUCCCCCCGAGGGAGGAACUGGAGCACCGAUGACUCCCUGCUGUGAGGCAGGUUUUCUACUUUUUAAGAUUCCUCCCCCCCCCCAACCUCCCCACCACAGAACACUAACCAGACUAUUUAACGUGGAGUGGAAUAAAGUUAGAAUACGAUUGUAUAGAGAUUUUUUUUUUCCAAGAGGAGGGCAUCUUUCUGCCUUUUUUAUUUUUUUAAGCUGUUACAAACAGCGAGAGAGAGGAAAUGUAUUUGAGUGGUUAUCUGUGUCUUGUACAGUUCAAUUCCUUUUUUUUUUUUUGCACAGAACUUACAUGUAUGUCUGAAAGGCGUUAGCCCUAGAGGACCUUCCUGGGUCUUCAUGUUUCGAUGGCCUUUCCGUGUAUCUACCUCAUUGGUCAAGUAUUAGGGGGUAACAUGUUGCUGCUGGAGAUUUGUAUCUGAAGAGUUUCCUUCCUGCACCCUCGGACUUGAAAACUCCUGCGUAUCUGGGACUUUUUUUUUUUCAGCUGUGAAUGUGGACUCGCCCCCAGCUCCUCUUCUUUGCUCACAUGGAGUAUGGUAAGGCUGGCAUUGGAGGGACAGCUUCAGUUGUUUUUCUGAGCAAAGUCUAAAGUUUACAGUAAAUAAAUUGUUUGACCAUGACUUCAUUGCA